AUGGAGCACCAGCCGGCAGUGAAUGGACAUGCCACCCCCACAGCUCACCCAAAAGACACCCCAGGAGGAAGUCACUUCCAUCAGGGCAUGCAGCCUGGCAAGCGGCAACAGACGGGUGUGGAGUCACACGGUGUGGGAGAGCCCCUGGCGGGGACUGGGACCAUUGCUGGGGUGUACGUGGAGGCUUCCAAGAAGACAAUGAGCUUUUAUGAUGCCACCAGAGAGCAUUUCCUGAUGUCUGAGCCAGCACUUGCUCUUCUGGAGGCUCAGGCAGCCACAGGCUCCCUCAUUGAUCCGGUGGGGAACAAGCAGCUCUCUGUGGCAGAGGCCGUGAGACUGGGGCUGGUAGGCCUGGAGCUGAAAGAAAAGCUGCUGUCUGCAGAGAGAGCAGCGAUUGGCUUCAUGGACCCCUACACAGAUGAGAAGAUCUCACUCUAUCAAGCCAUCCAAAAAGAGCUGCUCGGGCGGGAUCGGGGCGCCCGCCUGCUGGAGGUCCAGAUCGCCACAGGGGGCCUCGUGGAUCCAGCCACCAGCCACCGCCUCCCCAUGGACGUUACCUACGAGCAGGGACACUUUGGUGACGAGAUGAGCCAGCUCCUCUCUGACCCCAGCUCUGCUGCUGCCAGAGGGUUUCUUGACCCAAACACCAGCGAGACGGUCACCUAUCUGGAGCUUAAGAAACGGUGCAUGAUCGAUCCCUCCACAGGGCUCCUCCUCUUGCCUCUGAAAAUCACCUUCCCAGGGCUGAGAGGGAGAGUGAGCAGCAGUGAGCUGCUCAGCUCCAGCAUCAUUGACAUGGACACGUUCAGGGCCCUCGAGGAAGGCCGGGUCUCUGUCCAGGAGGUAGCAGAGAUGGACCAUGUUCAGCAGUACCUGGAGGGCACGGGAAGCAUUGCAGGUGUUGCCAUACUGCCGACCGGUGAGAGGAAGAGUCUGUACCAGGCGCUGACAGAGCAUCUCCUCAUGCCAGGCACAGCACUGGCCCUCCUGCAGGCCCAGGCUGCCACUGCCUGCCUGACAGAGCCCACCAAGAGCCAGAGACUCUCAGUUGAUGAUGGUGUCAAGGCUGGUGUGGUUGGGCCGGAGCUCUAUGAGAAGCUGUCAUCCGCUGAGAGAGCUGCCACCGGGUACCGAGACCCCUACACUGGGGAGCUGCUCUCUCUGUUUCAAGCCAUGAAUAAGGGGCUUAUUGCCAGGGACCAGGGGACUUACCUACUGGAGGCCCAGCUGGCCACCGGUGGCCUCAUCGAUCCAGUCCACAAUCACCGUGUCCCAGUGGAGGUGGCCUGCCAACGGGGCUACCUCGAUGAAGAGAUGAAGCGGCUCCUCUUCCAUCCCACCCAUGACAUGAAAGGGUUCUUCGACCCCAACACGAAGGAGACCCUCAUGUACGCAGAGUUAUUGGAGAGGUGUGUCACUGACCCAGACACCGGUCUCCGCCUGCUGCCGCUCUUCGGAGAAAAUGGGGAAGGGUCUCAGGGCAUGCAUUCCUUCAUAGACCACAGGACCCGAAUGGCUUUGGAAGACACAACAGUACCCGUGGCCUGUGGCAAAUUCAAGGGGAAGUCAGUGUCGCUCUGGAAACUCCUCUUCUCAGACUACUUCACAAACGUGCAAAGGGCCACGUAUACCCAGCAGUGCCGCACCGCAACUCUCUCCAUGAAGGAACUGGCUAAGACCAUCAGCACCACAGUUCAGCAAAUGGCUUCCACCGCCAAUACCACCUUUGAAGGCCUGAGGCACAAAGUGACCCCUAGCCAGCUCCUGAGCGCUGACAUCAUCAACAGGGAUUUGUUUGAGAAACUGAGCCAAGGGGAGACAUCAGCCAGAGAAGUUGUCUGCAUGGACACAGUCAGGAAGUACCUGGAAGGGACAGGCAGUAUCAGUGGGUUGCUGCUGCCCGAUUCCCAGGAGAAAAUCAGCAUCUACCAGGCAAAGAGGAAAGGCCUUCUAAUGCCAGGGACAUCCCUCAUCCUCCUCGAGGCACAGGCUGCCACUGGAUUCAUCAUCGACCCAACUGCAAACAAGAAAUAUUCUGUGGAGGAGGCUCUGCGAGCCAAUGUCAUCGGCCCAGAUAUUUACAACAAGCUUCUGGCAGCAGAGAAAGCAGUCACUGGCUACAAAGACCCCUACACCGGCAACAAGAUCUCCCUCUUCCAGGCCAUGAGCAAAGGCCACCUCAUCAGAGACCAUGGCAUCCGCCUGCUGGAGGCCCAGAUCGCCACCGGCGGCAUCAUCGACCCCUUGCACAGUCACCGUCUCCCCGUGGAGGUGGCUUACAAGCGGGGCUACUUUGACAAGAAGAUGAACCGGAUCCUCUCUGACCCCAGCGUUGACACCAAGGGCUUCUUCGACCCCAACACGCACGAGAACCUCACGUACUUGCAGCUGAAGGAGAAGUGCAUCACAGAGCCCUCCACUGGACUCUGCCUCCUGCCUCUGAACAGCAAGAAGCGUCAGUUCAUCAAUGACACCACCAAACAAGCCUUCAGGAGCACCUGGCUCCUCGUGAAGUACGGGAGGUUCCAAGGAGAAAGGGUCUCUGUGUGGGACCUGUUGAACUCUGAGUAUUUCAGCGAGGGAAAGCGGCGGGAGAUAUUUAAUCACUACCAGCUGCGGAAGCUCACCCUGGAGCAGAUCAGACUCACGUUGGAGGAAGAGAUGAAAAAAUGGGCCCACAUCAAAUUCCCAGCCAUGAGAGGCAGCGUCACGGCCUACCACCUGCUAGAAACUGGCAUCAUAGACAAGGCCCUGUUCGAGAGGGUGCUGGAGGGAGCCGUGAGCCCGGAGGAUGUCCUGCGCAUGGACUCUGUCCGCAAAUACCUCUACGGCUCUGGCAGCAUUGGGGGGAUCGUGCUCCAGCCAUCAAACCAGAGAAUGAGCAUCUAUGAAGCCAUGAAGCAGAAGAUUGUGAUGCCAGGGGUGGCUCUCCCACUGCUCGAGGCCCAAGCUGCUACUGGCUUCGUCAUCAACCCAGUGAACAACCAGAAGCUGUGCGUUGAUGAAGCCGUAAGGGAAGGGGUUAUCGGGCCAGAACUCCAUGAGAAACUGCAGCACGCAGAAGGAGCCGUAAUGGGAUAUAAAGACCCUUUCACCGGAGAAAAGAUCUCCCUCUUCCAAGCCAUGAAGAAGGGCCUCAUCGCUGACAAACAGGCUAUUCAGCUCAUGGAAGCCCAAAUUGCCACAGGAGGCAUCAUCGACCCUCACCAUGGCCACUAUGUCCCUGUGGAAUUUGCCCAGAAACAAGGCUACUUGGACGAGGACAUGAGCAAAACCCUCUCUAGUGCCUCUGAUAAUACCAGGGUCUACUGCAUCCCCAACAGCAAGGAGCCUGUGACCUACGCUCAGCUCAUCGCUCACUGCCAGAAGGAUGAAAACUCUGGCCUCCACUUGCUGCCUUUGCCACAGACAGCUGUGCCUGUCUGCACAGAUGAGCAGAUCCAGAAGCUAUUCAAGGACACCAUGGUGAAGGCAAAAGGGGUCUCCCUCUGGGAGCUGAUCCACUCUGGCUACUUCACUGAGGAGCAGAGAAAUGACUUUGUGGAGAAGUACCGGUCUGAGGAUGUGUCUGUCUGGCAGCUGGUCACUCUUGUCCUGAAGCUUGUUGAGGAAAUAGAGAUGAAAGCCCAUACCCACAUCACCUUUGAAGGCCUGCGGGGCAGCGUGCCUGCUGUCUGGCUGUUCGAUGCUGGCAUCAUUACUGAGAAGACGUUCGUGGAGCUGGCUAAGGGAAAACAAACAGCUGGAGAAGUAGCCAAGAUGGAGAGCGUGAAGAGAUACUUACAGGGCACAGGGAGCAUUGCUGGGAUUUUCAUACAGGCCUCCAAGAAGAGGAUGAGCAUUUACCAAGCAAUGAAAAACAAUCUCCUCCUGCCUGGGACAGGGGUGUUGUUGCUAGAGGCUCAAGCAGCCACAGGAGCUGUUAUAGACCCAGUAACAAACCAGAAACUUGGUGUGGAGGAUGCCGUCAAAGCAGCCAUUGUCGGUGAGGAACUCAUGGAGAAGUUGCUUCUAGCAGAGAGAGCAGUGACUGGUUACACAGACCCAUACACGGGGAACUCAAUCUCAGUCUGUCAAGCAGUCAGGAAAGGCCUCAUUCCCAUGAGUGAUGCUGUUCCCUUAAUAGAGGCCCAGCUGGCUACAGGAGGGGUCAUCGAUCCCAUCCACCAUCAUCAUCUUCCUCUUCCUGCUGCCUACAUGCACGGCUUUUAUGAUGAAGAAAUGAACCAGGCCCUAUCCCAGCCCACUGACAACACCAAAGUCUUCUUUGAUCCAAACACAAAGGAAAACUUGACCUACCAGCAGCUGAAAGACAAGUGUGUCCCUGAUGCUGAGACAGGCCUCUGGCUACUACCUCUGUCUGAAACUGCAGCAUUCUAUGUGGACAAACAAACCAUGGAGGUGCUGAAAUCUGUGACAGUCUGUGUCGCAGUAGGUCGGUUCAAAGGGCAAACAGUUUGCCUCUGGGACCUUCUCAAUUCCGAGUAUAUCACAGACUGCAAGCAGAGAGAGCUGGUGAAACUAUACAAAGGGGAGAACACUGUGGCCCUGCAAGAAAUCAUCACCACCGUUACCACAAUCAUUGAAGAAUCUGAGAAGCAAGGCAAGAGGUUCACGUUCAAGGGCCUGCGGAAGCAGGUGUCUGCCAGCGACCUCUUCGAGUCUCAGCUGAUAGACAAGAAAACCCUGGAUGAACUCAAGCAGGGACAGAAAACUGUCAAAGAAGUCACAGAGAUGGACGCCGUCCGGAGAUACCUGGAGGGGGGUAACUUCAUAGCUGGAGUGCUAAUACAGCCAGCCAAUGAGAAGAUGAGCAUCUACCAGGCUAUGACGAGAAGCAUGCUGAGGCCGGGCACCGCGCUGGUGUUGCUGGAGGCGCAGGCUGCCACCGGGUUUGUUAUUGACCCGGUGAAGAACAAGAGGCUGUCAGUGGAGGAGGCACUUGCUGCUGGGCUCAUUGGACAAGAGGUCUAUGAAAAGCUGCUGUCUGCAGAGAGAGCAGUGACCGGAUAUACUGAUCCCUACACAAAAGGCCAAAUCUCCCUCUUCGAAGCCAUGAACCAGGGACUGAUCCUCAAGAGCCAUGGCAUCCGCCUGCUCGAGGCCCAGGUUGCCACCGGAGGCAUCAUCGACCCCGUGCACAGUCACCGCCUCCCUGUGGAGGUGGCUUACAAGCGGGGCUACUUCGACGAAGAGAUGAACCGGAUCCUCUGUGACCCCAGCGACGACACCAAGGGCUUCUUCGACCCCAACACUCAUGAGAACCUCACCUACAUACAACUCCUGGAGAGAUGUGUCCAAGACCCUGAGACUGGGCUGUAUAUGCUCCAAAUAGUAAAGCAUGGGGGGAGAUACUUCUAUAUCGAUGAGUCAAUGAAACAAUUUUUAUGCUCAAAACCCAUUAAAAUGCAUGUUGGGAAGUUCAAAGGCCAAACAGUGUCCCUCUGGGACCUGCUCUGCUCUCAGUACAUCUCAGAACAGAAAAGAAAAGAACUAGUGAAGCAAUAUAAAUGUGAAACCCUGACAAUAGAACAGCUCAUCACAGUCAUCACCACCAUCAUUGAGGAAAUGGAACUCAGAACCCAAGCCCUUAAGGUAAAAGGACUCAGAGGAGAUGUAUCAGUGUCAGAGUUAUUCAAUGCUGAGAUAAUUGACAAAACAACACUGGACAAUCUGCAAAAAGGAACUCUCACAGUCCAUAAACUCACCCAAAUGGAUUCUGUCAAGAGGUAUCUGGAUGGAACUGGCUGCAUUGCUGGAGUUCUGCUGCCAGCCAAGAAAGAGAGAAUGAGCAUCUACCAGGCCCGAGAGAGAGGUCUCCUAACACCAGAAUCGGCGCUGGUGCUGCUGGAGGCGCAGGCUGCCACGGGCUUUAUCAUUGACCCGCUGAAGAACGAGAAGCUGUCCGUCGAUGAAGCCGUCUCCGCCGGCCUGGUGGGCAGUGAGGUUCACGAGAAGCUGCUCUCUGCAGAGAGAGCAGUGACCGGAUACACUGACCCCUACACAGGCAACAAGAUCUCCCUCUUCCAGGCCAUGAAGAAAGACCUGCUCGUCAAAGACUACGGCAUCCCCCUGCUGGAGGCCCAGAUCGCCACCGGCGGCAUCAUCGACCCCGUGCACAGUCACCGCCUCCCCGUGGAGAUGGCUUACAAGCGGGGAUAUUUGGACGAUGACACAUUUCUCCUUCUUUCUGAUCCACAACAUGGCAACAAACGAUUUAUGGAUCCUAACACCAAGGAAAAACUCAGUUAUGCGCAGCUUCUGCACAGAUGUAGCAAAGACCCAGAAACAGGACUGUGCCUGCUUCAGAUAAUAGAAAAGAAGGAAGACUAUUUCUACACUGAUGAGCAAACAAAAAAUACAAUGUUAUCCACCAUGGUUCAAGUACAGGUAGGGAAAUACAAAGGACAUAAUUUAUCUCUAUGGGAACUCCUCUGUUCCGAAUAUAUCACUGAGGAAAAGAGAAAAGAAUUGGUAAAACGAUACAAAAAGGAAUCCACAGCUAUUCUACAAAAGAUCAUUGAUAUCAUCUUAACCAUUAUACAUGAAAAAGAGAGGAGCAGAAAAGAUAUAUGGUUCCAGGGAAUCAGACAAAAAAUCACGGCAUCAGAACUACUCAAUGCACAGAUAAUUACCAAGGACACAAUGGAAAAGCUAGAGGAAGGAAAACAGACUGCAAAAGAUAUAGCAAAGAUGGAUGCCAUAAAGAGAUACCUUGAAGGAACUAGCUGCAUUGCCGGAGUCCUUGUGCCGUCCAACACAGACCCGUCCAGGACAGAGAAGAUGAGCAUCUACCAGGCCAUGUGGAAGGGGAUUCUGAGGCCGGGCACCGCGCUGGUGCUGCUGGAGGCGCAGGCUGCCACCGGCUUUAUCACUGACCCGCUGAAGAACGAGAAGCUGUCCGUCGAUGAAGCCGUCUCCGCCGGCCUGGUGGGCAGUGAGGUUCACGAGAAGCUGCUCUCUGCAGAGAGAGCAGUGACCGGAUACACUGACCCCUACACAGGCAACAAGAUCUCCCUCUUCCAGGCCAUGAAGAAAGACCUGCUCGUCAAAGACCACGGCAUCCGCCUGCUGGAGGCCCAGAUCGCCACCGGCGGCAUCAUCGACCCCGUGCACAGUCACCGCCUCCCCGUGGAGGUGGCUUACAAGCGGGGCUACUUCGACGAAGAGAUGAACCGGAUCCUCUGUGACCCCAGCGACGACACCAAGGGCUUCUUCGACCCCAACACUCACGAGAACCUCACCUACAUGCAGCUCCUCAGCAGAUGCGUCCCAGACCCAGACACGGGGCUCCUUAUGCUUCAGCUGAUGCACAAAGGCUCCGUGCUCUUCCAGCUAGAUGAACAAACACGAAUCUCCUUACAGUCUGCCCCUGCCACCGUCAGCGUGGGACUCUUCCAGGGGCAGAACGUGACCGUGUGGGAGCUUCUCUUCUCCAGAUACGUCCCUGACCAAAAAAGGCAGGAGCUUCUGAAGAAGUACAAAGCGGGGACGCUAACCAUUCAGGAAAUGACAACCAUCAUCACCACCCUCAUCACCGAGACCGAGAAAAAGAGCGGCAAAGAGCCCAGAGGAGUGGAAGGCCCCCGCCGAGAGGAGAGAACAUCCGGGAGAGCUGCCAGCGCCCCUUCUCCGCAGGACGAACAAGCGGAAAAGACUCUCCGGCUCGCCACCGUCGAUGUAUCGGUCGGCGAGUUCCAAGGGCGAAAAGUCUCCGUGUGGGAACUUCUCUUCUCCAAAUACCUCUCGGAAGAGAAAAGGCAGGAGGUGCUGGAGAAGUACAGAGCAGGGACCGUGACCCUGGAGGAGCUGGUCAGAAUCCUCACCACCAUCGUUGAGGAGAAAGAAGAGAGAAGCAGCAAACUGAAGUUCUCCGGCCUCAGGAGGCAGGUGACUGCCUCAGAGCUGUUCAGCUCUGACAUUAUUGACCAGAACACGCUGACUGAACUCACCCAGGGCACCAAGACGGUGCAGGAGAUCACGGAAAUGGAUUCCGUAAAGAGAUACCUCCAAGGCACGAGCUGCAUUGCCGGAGUCCUUGUGCCGUCCAACACAGACCCGUCCAGGACAGAGAAGAUGAGCAUCUACCAGGCCAUGUGGAAGGGGAUUCUGAGGCCGGGCACCGCGCUGGUGCUGCUGGAGGCGCAGGCUGCCACCGGCUUUAUCACUGACCCGCUGAAGAACGAGAAGCUGUCCGUCGAUGAAGCCGUCUCCGCCGGCCUGGUGGGCAGUGAGGUUCACGAGAAGCUGCUCUCUGCAGAGAGAGCAGUGACCGGAUACACUGACCCCUACACAGGCAACAAGAUCUCCCUCUUCCAGGCCAUGAAGAAAGACCUGCUCGUCAAAGACCACGGCAUCCGCCUGCUGGAGGCCCAGAUCGCCACCGGCGGCAUCAUCGACCCCGUGCACAGUCACCGCCUCCCCGUGGAGGUGGCUUACAAGCGGGGCUACUUCGACGAAGAGAUGAACCGGAUCCUCUGUGACCCCAGCGACGACACCAAGGGCUUCUUCGACCCCAACACUCACGAGAACCUCACCUACAUGCAGCUCCUCAGCAGAUGCGUCCCAGACCCAGACACGGGGCUCCUUAUGCUUCAGCUGAUGCACAAAGGCUCCGUGCUCUUCCAGCUAGAUGAACAAACACGAAUCUCCUUACAGUCUGCCCCUGCCACCGUCAGCGUGGGACUCUUCCAGGGGCAGAACGUGACCGUGUGGGAGCUUCUCUUCUCCAGAUACGUCCCUGACCAAAAAAGGCAGGAGCUUCUGAAGAAGUACAAAGCGGGGACGCUAACCAUUCAGGAAAUGACAACCAUCAUCACCACCCUCAUCACCGAGACCGAGAAAAAGAGCGGCAAAGAGCCCAGAGGAGUGGAAGGCCCCCGCCGAGAGGAGAGAACAUCCGGGAGAGCUGCCAGCGCCCCUUCUCCGCAGGACGAACAAGCGGAAAAGACUCUCCGGCUCGCCACCGUCGAUGUAUCGGUCGGCGAGUUCCAAGGGCGAAAAGUCUCCGUGUGGGAACUUCUCUUCUCCAAAUACCUCUCGGAAGAGAAAAGGCAGGAGGUGCUGGAGAAGUACAGAGCAGGGACCGUGACCCUGGAGGAGCUGGUCAGAAUCCUCACCACCAUCGUUGAGGAGAAAGAAGAGAGAAGCAGCAAACUGAAGUUCUCCGGCCUCAGGAGGCAGGUGACUGCCUCAGAGCUGUUCAGCUCUGACAUUAUUGACCAGAACACGCUGACUGAACUCACCCAGGGCACCAAGACGGUGCAGGAGAUCACGGAAAUGGAUUCCGUAAAGAGAUACCUCCAAGGCACGAGCUGCAUUGCCGGAGUCCUUGUGCCGUCCAACACAGACCCGUCCAGGACAGAGAAGAUGAGCAUCUACCAGGCCAUGUGGAAGGGGAUUCUGAGGCCGGGCACCGCGCUGGUGCUGCUGGAGGCGCAGGCUGCCACCGGCUUUAUCACUGACCCGCUGAAGAACGAGAAGCUGUCCGUCGAUGAAGCCGUCUCCGCCGGCCUGGUGGGCAGUGAGGUUCACGAGAAGCUGCUCUCUGCAGAGAGAGCAGUGACCGGAUACACUGACCCCUACACAGGCAACAAGAUCUCCCUCUUCCAGGCCAUGAAGAAAGACCUGCUCGUCAAAGACCACGGCAUCCGCCUGCUGGAGGCCCAGAUCGCCACCGGCGGCAUCAUCGACCCCGUGCACAGUCACCGCCUCCCCGUGGAGGUGGCUUACAAGCGGGGCUACUUCGACGAAGAGAUGAACCGGAUCCUCUGUGACCCCAGCGACGACACCAAGGGCUUCUUCGACCCCAACACUCACGAGAACCUCACCUACAUGCAGCUCCUCAGCAGAUGCGUCCCAGACCCAGACACGGGGCUCCUUAUGCUUCAGCUGAUGCACAAAGGCUCCGUGCUCUUCCAGCUAGAUGAACAAACACGAAUCUCCUUACAGUCUGCCCCUGCCACCGUCAGCGUGGGACUCUUCCAGGGGCAGAACGUGACCGUGUGGGAGCUUCUCUUCUCCAGAUACGUCCCUGACCAAAAAAGGCAGGAGCUUCUGAAGAAGUACAAAGCGGGGACGCUAACCAUUCAGGAAAUGACAACCAUCAUCACCACCCUCAUCACCGAGACCGAGAAAAAGAGCGGCAAAGAGCCCAGAGGAGUGGAAGGCCCCCGCCGAGAGGAGAGAACAUCCGGGAGAGCUGCCAGCGCCCCUUCUCCGCAGGACGAACAAGCGGAAAAGACUCUCCGGCUCGCCACCGUCGAUGUAUCGGUCGGCGAGUUCCAAGGGCGAAAAGUCUCCGUGUGGGAACUUCUCUUCUCCAAAUACCUCUCGGAAGAGAAAAGGCAGGAGGUGCUGGAGAAGUACAGAGCAGGGACCGUGACCCUGGAGGAGCUGGUCAGAAUCCUCACCACCAUCGUUGAGGAGAAAGAAGAGAGAAGCAGCAAACUGAAGUUCUCCGGCCUCAGGAGGCAGGUGACUGCCUCAGAGCUGUUCAGCUCUGACAUUAUUGACCAGAACACGCUGACUGAACUCACCCAGGGCACCAAGACGGUGCAGGAGAUCACGGAAAUGGAUUCCGUAAAGAGAUACCUCCAAGGCACGAGCUGCAUUGCCGGAGUCCUUGUGCCGUCCAACACAGACCCGUCCAGGACAGAGAAGAUGAGCAUCUACCAGGCCAUGUGGAAGGGGAUUCUGAGGCCGGGCACCGCGCUGGUGCUGCUGGAGGCGCAGGCUGCCACCGGCUUUAUCACUGACCCGCUGAAGAACGAGAAGCUGUCCGUCGAUGAAGCCGUCUCCGCCGGCCUGGUGGGCAGUGAGGUUCACGAGAAGCUGCUCUCUGCAGAGAGAGCAGUGACCGGAUACACUGACCCCUACACAGGCAACAAGAUCUCCCUCUUCCAGGCCAUGAAGAAAGACCUGCUCGUCAAAGACCACGGCAUCCGCCUGCUGGAGGCCCAGAUCGCCACCGGCGGCAUCAUCGACCCCGUGCACAGUCACCGCCUCCCCGUGGAGGUGGCUUACAAGCGGGGCUACUUCGACGAAGAGAUGAACCGGAUCCUCUGUGACCCCAGCGACGACACCAAGGGCUUCUUCGACCCCAACACUCACGAGAACCUCACCUACAUGCAGCUCCUCAGCAGAUGCGUCCCAGACCCAGACACGGGGCUCCUUAUGCUUCAGCUGAUGCACAAAGGCUCCGUGCUCUUCCAGCUAGAUGAACAAACACGAAUCUCCUUACAGUCUGCCCCUGCCACCGUCAGCGUGGGACUCUUCCAGGGGCAGAACGUGACCGUGUGGGAGCUUCUCUUCUCCAGAUACGUCCCUGACCAAAAAAGGCAGGAGCUUCUGAAGAAGUACAAAGCGGGGACGCUAACCAUUCAGGAAAUGACAACCAUCAUCACCACCCUCAUCACCGAGACCGAGAAAAAGAGCGGCAAAGAGCCCAGAGGAGUGGAAGGCCCCCGCCGAGAGGAGAGAACAUCCGGGAGAGCUGCCAGCGCCCCUUCUCCGCAGGACGAACAAGCGGAAAAGACUCUCCGGCUCGCCACCGUCGAUGUAUCGGUCGGCGAGUUCCAAGGGCGAAAAGUCUCCGUGUGGGAACUUCUCUUCUCCAAAUACCUCUCGGAAGAGAAAAGGCAGGAGGUGCUGGAGAAGUACAGAGCAGGGACCGUGACCCUGGAGGAGCUGGUCAGAAUCCUCACCACCAUCGUUGAGGAGAAAGAAGAGAGAAGCAGCAAACUGAAGUUCUCCGGCCUCAGGAGGCAGGUGACUGCCUCAGAGCUGUUCAGCUCUGACAUUAUUGACCAGAACACGCUGACUGAACUCACCCAGGGCACCAAGACGGUGCAGGAGAUCACGGAAAUGGAUUCCGUAAAGAGAUACCUCCAAGGCACGAGCUGCAUUGCCGGAGUCCUUGUGCCGUCCAACACAGACCCGUCCAGGACAGAGAAGAUGAGCAUCUACCAGGCCAUGUGGAAGGGGAUUCUGAGGCCGGGCACCGCGCUGGUGCUGCUGGAGGCGCAGGCUGCCACCGGCUUUAUCACUGACCCGCUGAAGAACGAGAAGCUGUCCGUCGAUGAAGCCGUCUCCGCCGGCCUGGUGGGCAGUGAGGUUCACGAGAAGCUGCUCUCUGCAGAGAGAGCAGUGACCGGAUACACUGACCCCUACACAGGCAACAAGAUCUCCCUCUUCCAGGCCAUGAAGAAAGACCUGCUCGUCAAAGACCACGGCAUCCGCCUGCUGGAGGCCCAGAUCGCCACCGGCGGCAUCAUCGACCCCGUGCACAGUCACCGCCUCCCCGUGGAGGUGGCUUACAAGCGGGGCUACUUCGACGAAGAGAUGAACCGGAUCCUCUGUGACCCCAGCGACGACACCAAGGGCUUCUUCGACCCCAACACUCACGAGAACCUCACCUACAUGCAGCUCCUCAGCAGAUGCGUCCCAGACCCAGACACGGGGCUCCUUAUGCUUCAGCUGAUGCACAAAGGCUCCGUGCUCUUCCAGCUAGAUGAACAAACACGAAUCUCCUUACAGUCUGCCCCUGCCACCGUCAGCGUGGGACUCUUCCAGGGGCAGAACGUGACCGUGUGGGAGCUUCUCUUCUCCAGAUACGUCCCUGACCAAAAAAGGCAGGAGCUUCUGAAGAAGUACAAAGCGGGGACGCUAACCAUUCAGGAAAUGACAACCAUCAUCACCACCCUCAUCACCGAGACCGAGAAAAAGAGCGGCAAAGAGCCCAGAGGAGUGGAAGGCCCCCGCCGAGAGGAGAGAACAUCCGGGAGAGCUGCCAGCGCCCCUUCUCCGCAGGACGAACAAGCGGAAAAGACUCUCCGGCUCGCCACCGUCGAUGUAUCGGUCGGCGAGUUCCAAGGGCGAAAAGUCUCCGUGUGGGAACUUCUCUUCUCCAAAUACCUCUCGGAAGAGAAAAGGCAGGAGGUGCUGGAGAAGUACAGAGCAGGGACCGUGACCCUGGAGGAGCUGGUCAGAAUCCUCACCACCAUCGUUGAGGAGAAAGAAGAGAGAAGCAGCAAACUGAAGUUCUCCGGCCUCAGGAGGCAGGUGACUGCCUCAGAGCUGUUCAGCUCUGACAUUAUUGACCAGAACACGCUGACUGAACUCACCCAGGGCACCAAGACGGUGCAGGAGAUCACGGAAAUGGAUUCCGUAAAGAGAUACCUCCAAGGCACGAGCUGCAUUGCCGGAGUCCUUGUGCCGUCCAACACAGACCCGUCCAGGACAGAGAAGAUGAGCAUCUACCAGGCCAUGUGGAAGGGGAUUCUGAGGCCGGGCACCGCGCUGGUGCUGCUGGAGGCGCAGGCUGCCACCGGCUUUAUCACUGACCCGCUGAAGAACGAGAAGCUGUCCGUCGAUGAAGCCGUCUCCGCCGGCCUGGUGGGCAGUGAGGUUCACGAGAAGCUGCUCUCUGCAGAGAGAGCAGUGACCGGAUACACUGACCCCUACACAGGCAACAAGAUCUCCCUCUUCCAGGCCAUGAAGAAAGACCUGCUCGUCAAAGACCACGGCAUCCGCCUGCUGGAGGCCCAGAUCGCCACCGGCGGCAUCAUCGAUCCCGUGCACAGUCACCGCCUCCCCGUGGAGGUGGCUUACAAGCGGGGCUACUUCGACGAAGAGAUGAACCGGAUCCUCUGUGACCCCAGCGACGACACCAAGGGCUUCUUCGACCCCAACACUCACGAGAACCUCACCUACAUGCAGCUCCUCAGCAGAUGCGUCCCAGACCCAGACACGGGGCUCUGUUUGCUGAAGGUGGGGAUGAACUAAUUAUAUUUCAUUUUAUGACUGUGACCCAGUUUUGUUUUAUUUUGCAAAUAGCACUUUUUAUCUCUU